AUGGUUACGCCCGCUCCGUUCGAGGGCAGAAGAGCCAGCCACUCACGACUUGGGAGCCGAUCGCCAUCGUCAACAGGGAGGCCUGGGCUCACGGUGGCGUUCACGGCGGCCUGCGCGCGAGACAUUUGUAGGUCCGUACGUAGUCGUCGUCAACUCGACCGACCAGGGGUUGUUGCCGGCCGACGAAACAUUACCUCCGUGGCCGCCUCGGAGGCUCGGAAGAUGCCGACCCCCCGGAGGCGCGCCUGCUGCCAUUUCCACCUGCCUUCCGCAGUGAUCAGGAUCGAACCUUGCUUGCUGACGAAGGAAUUUCUGCCAAACAAUGACAUGGCGCGAUCAGCUUGUCGCGUGUCAGUGUCAAGUCGGGAACCCACCGCCUCCACCGCAAGGCAGCUGAGGCUCCGUCACAGCACCGCGCAUGUGAAGCAGGAUGAUCGACCGGCAGUGAACAAGGGUAGGGCCCACAGCGAACCCCCCAUCCUCCAGCAUCACGUUAUUUGGUGUCAAGGUCGCCUCCGCUGUUCCAUACCGAGUCGACGGGUCAAGUUCCGGAAAGUCUGGCGCCAUCCUCGACGGCCGCCCUAUGAGAGGGCAACCUCGAGCGCUCGGACUUUGCCCUGGUGCGAGCACCUUUCUAUGUACGUCCAGGGCCGGAAGUGGCAGACGGCACCUGCGUCUGUGUCGGGGAGUGCCCGACAGUCUGGGAGCAAGCUGGAUUGGGUCCCCAGGCGCCGGGACGGGGAGCUGUGGUGCCGUCGAUCUGAGAGCGUUGUGGAAUCUUGGUUCAUGCCAUGCGUCGAGCCGAACCAAAAGCUCUCGCGCAACCUUGCCAUGUCUGUGUCAUGGCUUUGUCCGGUCCUUGUUCCGGCAGCGUGUCCCACUGAUGAGCUAGUAUGCCAGACUGCCUGCGUCGGACGCAUGGACUUGGCAGCGGGCGUAAGGAGGCGGCGGCUAGCAAGCUAA